GGAAGACGAGCACCAUGUCUCUGAGCAGCGCCUUCAGGGCUGUGGGCAACGAGCCAGGGAUCAUCACCUGGAGGAUAGAGAAACUGGAGCUGGCGCUAGUGCCCCUGAGCGCCCAUGGCACCUUCUAUGAGGGGGACUGCUACGUCAUCCUCUCGACACGGAGAGUGGGCAGUCUCCUCUCCCAGAACAUCCACUUCUGGAUCGGGAAGGACUCCUCCCAGGACGAGCAGAGCUGCGCAGCCAUCUACACUACGCAGCUGGAUGACUACCUGGGGGGUGGCCCCGUGCAACACCGGGAGGUCCAGUACCAUGAGUCUGACACCUUCCAAGGCUACUUCAAGCAGGGCAUCGUCUACAAGAAGGGGGGUGUGGCCUCUGGGAUGAAGCAUGUGGAGACCAACACCUACGACGUGAAGCGACUGCUACACGUGAAGGGGAAAAGAAACAUCAGGGCCACCGAGGUGGAAAUGAGCUGGGACAGUUUUAACCAAGGCGAUGUCUUCUUGCUGGACCUUGGUAAGGUCAUCAUCCAAUGGAAUGGCCCAGAGAGCAACAGUGGAGAGCGCCUGAAGGCUAUGCUUCUGGCAAAGGAUAUUCGGGACAGGGAGCGAGGGGGCCGUGCUGAAAUAGGUGUGAUCGAGGGAGACAAGGAGGCAGCAAGUCCGGAGCUGAUGAAGGUCCUUCAGGACACCCUCGGCCAACGCCCCAUUAUCAAGCCUGCAGUCCCCGAUGAGAUCAUAGAUCAGCAGCAGAAAUCAAACAUCAUAUUGUAUCAGGUCUCAGACUCAGCUGGGCAGCUGGAGGUCACGGAGGUAGCAACAAGGCCACUGGUCCAGGAUUUACUGAACCAUGAUGACUGCUACAUCUUAGACCAAAGUGGAACCAAGAUCUAUGUGUGGAAAGGAAGAGGAGCCACAAAGAUUGAGAAACAGACGGCCAUGUCUAAAGCCCUGAACUUCAUCCAGAUGAAGGGCUACCCUGGCAGCACCAACGUGGAGACCAUCAAUGACGGGGCUGAGUCGGCCAUGUUUAAGCAGCUGUUCCAGAAGUGGUCAGUGAAGGACCAGACCACCGGCCUGGGGAAAACAUUUGGCAUUGGUAGAAUCGCUAAAGUUUUCCAGGAUAAAUUUGAUGUGACCCUGCUGCACACCAAGCCGGAGGUAGCUGCCCAGGAAAGAAUGGUUGAUGACGGCAAUGGAAAAGUUGAGGUCUGGAGAAUUGAAAACCUGGAGCUGGUCCCUGUGGAGCGUCAGUGGCAUGGCUUCUUUUACGGGGGAGACUGCUAUCUGGUUCUCUACACAUAUGAGGUGAACGGGAAGCCACAUUACAUCUUGUACAUCUGGCAGGGCCGCCACGCCUCAAAGGAUGAGCUGGCAGCCUCGGCGUACCAGGCCGUGGAGGUGGAUCAGGAGUUUGAUGGGGCCCCUGUGCAGGUUCGAGUCACCAUGGGGAAGGAGCCACGCCACUUCAUGGCCAUCUUCAAAGGGAAGCUAGUUAUCUUUGAGGGUGGGACUUCCAGAAAGGGAAACGCUGGGCCCGACCCUCCAGUAAGACUCUUCCAGAUUCAAGGCCACGACAAAUCCAACACCAAAGCAGUAGAGGUUCCAGCUUUCGCCUCCUCCCUGAACUCCAAUGAUGUCUUUCUGCUGCGGGCCCAAGCAGAACACUACCUGUGGUAUGGCAAGGGGUCUAGUGGGGAUGAGCGGGCAAUGGCCAAGGAGCUGGCCAGCCUUCUCUGCGAGGGCACAGAGGACACUGUGGCCGAGGGCCAGGAGCCGGCUGAGUUCUGGGACCUGCUUGGAGGGAAGACCGCCUAUGCCAAUGACAAAAGACUCCAGCAGGAAAUCCUAGACGUGCAGCCCCGUCUCUUUGAAUGUUCCAAUAAGACAGGGCGGUUUGUUGUCACUGAGGUCACAGACUUCACCCAGGAUGACCUGAACCCAGGUGAUGUGAUGCUCCUGGACACCUGGGACCAGGUAUUCUUGUGGAUUGGGGCUGAGGCCAAUGCCACAGAGAAGGAGAGAGCCCUCACUACGGCCGAGGAGUACCUGCACACUCACCCCAGUGGCCGAGACCCUGACACACCGAUCCUGAUCAUUAAACAGGGGUUUGAGCCUCCCACCUUCACAGGAUGGUUCUUGGCCUGGGACUCUCAUAUUUGGAGUGCAGGGAAAUCAUAUGAACAGUUAAAAGAAGAGCUAGGAGAUGUUGCUGCUAUUACAAGAAUCACUGCGGACAUGAAGAAUGCAACCCUCUCCCUGAAUUCGGAGCAAAAAUAUUACCCUAUAGAAGUUCUGUUGAAAAGUCAAAAUCAGGAGCUGCCUGAGGAUGUGAACCCUGCCAAGAAGGAGAAUUACCUCUCUGAACAAGACUUUAUUUCUGUGUUUGGCAUCACAAGAGGGCAAUUUGAUGCUCUGCCUGGCUGGAAGCAGCUCCAAAUGAAGAAAGAAAAGGGGCUUUUCUGAGGCAAGAAGUGAUAUGCCUACCACAAGACCACAGAAGAGAGCAGAUAGUGCCAAUAUUAGGAAAGAAUGUACCUGCCAAUUUUUGCCUAAUAGCCAGCUACUUAAUUUGGAUGCAAAUCACAGCAUGUUCUCCAUUUCUCUCAUCCUUGCAUUCCUUGUUAUAUACCUAAAAUGUUAAAUACCUAUUUUUCAAUUUUUGUGGCCUUCCAGUUUAAAGUCCCAGCAGAAAGCACUAAACCUACACGAAUCCAUAGAAGUCAAUGUAAGAGAACAAAAAAAAUGAAGUUUAAAGAGUUUAAUAACAGGGCAAAGAUGUACGUUUGUUUUAAAUUUUAAGAUCAGGAGACACC